GGAGUCUUGCGGACCAGCUCUUAAAAACAAGGAAUCAGUAUGUGCUUUCCAGGACAACUACAAAGUUCAACAAACGAGAUUUCACGUUAAACAAGCUCGGCAACUAGCUAUUCAUGUUUUGCAAACGACAGGGAUAGGUAAGAAAACAUUAACGAGUCUCAGCUGGCACUGGGAAAAAAUCAGUGAAAGAAUGGAUCUUGAUGGCACUGUCACAGGAAACUAUAAAUAUUGGACUUUUACAAAAGAUCAGACUUUAGAAAUAUCUCCUGAGAAGAAUGUAGAAACCGAGAAGUCAGGGUGUGGCAAUUUCAUCUUCCUGGCCUCAGUGAUUGCUGCUAUUAGUGGAUUCAUGCUGGGCUACGAAAUGGGAGUAGUAUCUGGUGUGCUCCUCCAACUAAGGGACAUAUUAUCCCUCACAUGUCAGGAACAGGAAAUGGUGGUUAGCUCUCUGUUAUUUGGGGCCCUUUUACUCUCUCUUGGUGGAGGAUUUUUGCUAGACCAGCAUGGGAGAAAGUUUUCUAUCAUUGUAACCACCUUCCUUGUUGUAAUUGGAACCCUCCUCAUGAUAUGUGUUGUCUCUUACACAGCUCUCAUUAUAGGCCGCAUCAUGGUGGGAAUGGCCGUAGCCCUGUCAGGGAUUGCAUCGUGCCUUUAUAUAGCGGAAAUUGCACCGCAAAAUAAAAGGGGGCUUUUGGUCUCACUGUACGAACUAAUGGUUGUAAUUGGGGUUCUCACGAGUUUUGUUUUCAGUUAUGUCUUCGCCUCAGUUUCCGAUGGCUGGAAAUACAUGUUUGGGAUUGUGAUUCCGCCCGCAGUCUUACAGGCUGGGACUAUGUGUUUUCUGCCUGUGAGCCCCCGUUUCUUGGUCAAGAAAGGUCAAAGCGAAGCGGCUCGUGCCGUCCUAAAAAGGUUGAGGGCUUCUUCUGCGGUGGAGGAGGAACUACAGAGCAUUCAGACCAUCCUGGAAGAGGAAAGCCGGUACACUUUUUCGGACUUGUUCAGGUCAAAGGACAACAUAAGGACCAGGCUGCUGAUAGGUGUGGCGCUGGUCUUCUUUCAGCAAGUGACCGGGCAACCCAACGUUCUGUUUUACGCUGCCACUAUUUUUAAAUCUGUCGGCUUUCACAGCAACGAAGCAGCUACUCUUGCGUCGGCGGGCAUGGGAGCUGUGAAAGUGGCCUGCACGAUCCCAGCGGUCAUGUUCGUAGACCGUGUAGGCAGUAAAACCUUCCUGAGCAUCGGUGCCGUUCUAAUGACUAUUUCGCUCACAACUCUGGGAGUCGUAACUCUGAAAAGCCACACAAAUGUCACCAGUGUCUGCGACAGCCACUCCAGUCUAAACCAGACUCAUUGGGUGCACAAUUCAACCGCUGGUUUUGCAGUUCAUGGAGUAAGUUUCUUAAACAAGGCUUUAAACUCUUCAUCUGAUCUCUCAAAUACUGUGAAUUUAACCACCUCAAGCAAAAGACUGUUGAUGGAUGAUGAGUGGAAUAUUACAAAUCCUGUUAAAGGUCCAAAUCCAGGUUUAUUUAGUACCAAAGUAUCAAGUACUUUAAAGUGGCUCUCCCUGGUCAGCCUGCUGGUUUACAUUGCUGCAUUUUCCAUAAGUCUUGGUCCAAUGGUGUGGGUGGUUCUUAGUGAAAUAUUUCCAAUGGGGAUCAGAGGCAAGGCAAUGUCUGCAGCCUCAGUAAUAAACUGGGGUAUUAACCUAAUCAUUUCAAUGACAUUUCUGACUAUAACAGAAAAAACUGGGCUUCCAAAUGUAAUAUUCAUGUAUGCAGUGAUGAGUUUUGCACUUCUGGUUUUUGUCAUUCUGUACAUCCCAGAGACUAAGGGAUUGUCACUAGAAGAGAUAUCAAUGGAAUUGGCCAGAAAGAACCAUUCUGAAGACUGUAUAUGCUACAGGAUUAUGCCUAAGACGGGCAUUUUGAAAAUCAAAUGUAAUAAAUGAUGCAUAACGCAUAAAACUAACCAUUUUACCUCAGAAGUGAUUCAUGUCUGAAAAUGUAAUUAUGAAAUAAAAGCCUUAGAACUAA